AUGGAUUUAGUGCAGUUGGUCAUCGUGUGGAACGGAGAAUGGAAUGAUAAUAAAUAUAUUGGGGGUAAUAGGAUGUGUGCGGGAAUCUACAAAAAUACGACUUUUACUCAAUUGGUUGAGAUUGUGUACACGGUGACGGGAAUUGAUAAAACAAGGUACGACAUCACCAUUCAUUUUGUAACGGAACACUCAAGCGAACUUCCAGCUACCAAGUUCUCUAUCAAGGACGACUACGGUGUCAGGUUUAUUAUGUGCGAUGACAGAAAAUAUAAAGUGAAGUAUGUUGAUAUGAUUUGUAAAGAUAUUGGAGUUUGUAACCUACGUAGUGGUGGUAAUCAAGAUUCAGGUGCCGUUCCAUUUACAUCCGCACGUAGUCCACUACAAAAUGAUGAUUUUGGUACAUAUGGUAUGGGUGGUUUAUCAAAUGACGCUCCACAUACGGAUGAUGAUUGUGAUAAUGAAACUGAUGAUAAUAGUGACGAUAACGAUGGUGAUAAUAGUGAUGGUGGUGGUGAUGAAAGAGAAGUGAGUCCGGAGUACCCAGAAGUAAGAUUUUCAGAUUCACAAUUUGAGGACAACCAUUUACAAAGAAACUGGAUAGUUCCUGGUGUAGAAAAUUAUGCAAUUGAGGAAACAAGACCUAAAGUGUCUAUUCCAUACCAAGGUGAUCUUUUACACAUGGGUGCACUCUUUAAAAGUAAACAGGAACUAAUUUUGGCAUUUGGACAAUAUUGUGUUGAUGUGAAGAUGGACUAUCAAGUUAGGCGUUCGUACACAAUUCGAUUUGAGGCUGGUUACAAGGAUGUGAACUGCAAAUUUAUGCUUCGUGCAAGAUGCAGACCUGGUUGUUCGUUUUGGCAUGUGGUGAAAUUUAUGCCGAGUCACACGUGUACUCCGGACGUAUACGAUUCACAUUUUCGAAGUGUGAAGGCUAUUGUCAUUGGAAGUUUGUUCUCUGAAAGAGUGGCGAGUAGUAAAUAUACACCUAAAAUGCUAAUGAGGGAGUUGCUGGAACAACAUGGUGUGCAGAUCAUGUACACUAAAGCUUGGAGGUCUUUACAACAUGCAAAGAGACUUACUUAUGGUAAUGCAGAUGAAUCAUAUCAGCAACUACCCUCAUAUUUUCACAUGUUAAAAGAAACAAAUCCUGACAGUAUCACGGCAAUAGAGACAGAUGAAAAUAAUUAUUUUUUAUAUUCAUUUUUUGCACUCGGAGCUUGCCUUCAUGGUUUCCGGUCUUACAUAAGACCGGUUGUUGCCGUUGAUGCCACACAUUUGAAAGGUGAACACAAAUGGGUGAUAUUCAUUGCCACUUGCAAAGAUGGGGAGGAAAUGAUUUAUCCCAUCGCUUUUGGAUUUGGAGAUGGUGAGUCUGACAGAUCAUGGAUAUGA